AUGGAUGAAUUUGACAUAGAAAUAAAUCCCAACGUUGCGAUUAACAAUUCAAGCACAACUCUUCCGAAUAAAACUACAAUCGAACAGCUUAAAAUAAACGAAAAUCAGGAACCUAUUUUAACAAAAAAAGAAUUAUUUGCAUGGUAUCUUUACGCAUUUGCCUGUGAGGUUUAUUCUGUAGUUUCAAUAUCAAGUUUUAUACCUUUAAUUUUAGAACACUUUGCUUCAGAGAAGGGUGUAACUAGCAUUGAUCGAACGCCUUGUAAAACUGCUAAAGAAGGAUUACGAUGUGUAGUAAAUAUAUUUGGAUUUUGGAUUGAUACGGCAUCGUUCAGUUUAUAUACAUUUUCAUUAAGCGUAAUAUUGCAAGCAAUUACGACAAUUUCAAUUGGAGCGACAGCAGAUCAUGGGGCAAUGCGCAAAACGUUGCUUCUGAAUUUUGCCUUUGUUGGAAGUAUAUCAGCAAUGUUAUUUUUAUUGAUUCCUUCUGGCUCAUAUAUAAUAGCUGGUAUUUUAACUAUUAUUGGAAACGUAAGUUUUGGUGCAGCUUUUGUUUGCUUUAACGGGUUUUUACCAGUUAUAGUUAGAAAUCAUAGUGAUGUAAGAAAAAUUUCAAAUGAAAUAAAAAACUAUAUAAUAGAUAAAAAUAAAACGCAUGAACAUGAUACACAAAUCGAAGAUGAUGAAAGUACUUUAGAGGAUCGAAGUCUUUUGAGUUCAAAAGAUCCAAUAUUAAUUAAUCUUAAAGAAAAUUUAUUAAAAACUAAAGAUCGUAUAUCGGCUCAUAUAUCUGCACGUGGUUUUGCGAGUGGAUACUUUGGUGGUAUAAUCCUUUUAAUUAUUUGUUUGCUUAUUUCAUUUUUAUUACGUUCUACCAUUUAUAGUCUACAAAUUGGGGUCUUUCUUUCUGGAAUUUGGUGGUUUUUAUUUUCUUUAUUUGUCAGUAAAUGGCUACAACCUAGGCCGGGUCCUCCUUUAUUUCUUAAUGAAGAAAGUAAAAUAAGAUGGAUAAAUUACGUGACAUUCUCUUGGAGAAGGUUAUGGAAAACAAUUUUACAAGUUAAAAAGUUGGAAAUGACUUUUCGAUUUUUGAUUGUUUGGAUUCUCGUAUCAGACAGCUGCACCACUAUAUUAUCAGUAGCUUUGCUUUUCGCUAAGACUACUUUGAAUAUAAAGACACCGGGUUUGAUUACCUUAACAUUGAUAGCUCCGAUUUCCGCUUUAAUCUCAACUUUAUUAUUUCCAUAUUUUAUUAAGCUUAGUGUUAAAAAAACGACCAUUUUGCUUCUUUUCAUGCUAUUAUUUAUUCCUAUUUAUGGGUGUCUAGGGUUAAUUCUACCAUUUGGUGGUUUAAGGAGUUCGGGUGAACUUUAUUUUAUGGCUGUGUGGUUUGGAUUCGUUCUGGGACCUCUUCAAAGUUAUUGUAGGACAAUGUUUGCAGAAUUAGUUCCACGUGGAAGAGAAACUGAAUUUUUUGCACUUUAUGCUAUAACUGAUAAAGGAUCAAGUUGGUUUGGACCAUCUUUAAUAGCUAUAAUAGUUGAUGUUACAGGUGAAAUUAGAUAUGGAUUUUUAUUAUUAUUUGUACUUAUUUUUUUAUCAAUACCCAUUUUGUGGUUUGUGGAUGAAAAAAAAGGAAAGGAAGACGCUAUGAAUUCCUCUAUAGACAAUGAAGAUAUUAUUUAA